AUGUAUGUACAGUACAAGACAAUCGCUUUCUUGAGUCGAACUUAUCUGACUGCAUCUAGUCUGCCCAAAAUGAGCAGUCCAACGAGCAUACUGUCCAUCUUGAACAACGACGAUAAUCCUGCCUUUGCUGUGCGGAAGCCGUACAGUUCAGCGUCCGCAACUCCGACAAGCACGUAUAAACAUCCUCAGCAGUCUUCGUCUUACGAACCUCGAUAUGAUCUCAGCUCGUCAUCACUCCAAUCACAGCAUUCUUACAAUCAAUCCAUGUCGACUGCAGUCGCUCGAUCGGCCCCGUCUCAGUCGACACAGUCAACAACACAUGUACAUCACAAUCCAGAGACAAGAAUACCCCCGCCUUCGUAUCCAUCUGGCAGUGUGACCCAGCAUCUCCCCCCACGCAGGCCCUCGAUUCGGAGCAGUCGAGAACUGGCUCCUCCGAUCGAGCCUUCAUCAAGAGUCUUAUAUGCCAGUCCAGCGGAGACGACUGCGCCUCGAGUGACUAAGAACAAAUAUCCCUGUCCCUACGCCGUGUCCCACGCGUGCACGGCCACGUUCACGACGUCGGGGCAUGCAGCCCGCCACGGCAAGAAGCACACGGGCGAAAAGAGCGUGCACUGUCCGAUCUGCAACAAGGCGUUUACCCGCAAGGACAACAUGAAGCAGCAUCGACGGACCCAUCGAAGCCACCCGGGGGACCCUGUCCCCCCCGCGGGAGGGGGAUCGAAAGUGGCAGGCGGGCAGUGA